AUGCUGUAUGGCUGGGGGCGUACAGAGCAGAAGCGACGUCUGGAGUACGAGUCCGUGGAGUCCAAGUACCACAAGCGCGAGUUCAACAAGAACUGGGACCUUGCCGGUGUGGAGCAGCGUUAUACUGACUUUAUGGUGGUGCGUACCUACUUCUCUCUUGGGACACGUUGGGGGACGUGGGUGUACAACAUGCUUCAAUUCUACGUCCUUGCGAUGCUCCCCGUGUUUGUUUUUAUGCACACGCUACACAAAAAUGUGGAGUGGUAUGACGAGCGUAUUCGCCUUGCCGCCUGGUGGUAG